CCCGGCAGCCCUCCCGCCGCCGCCGCCAUGAGGAGCGAGGCUCUGGCCUGGCCCCCGGUCUCGGCCCAGGCGGCCUCGCUGCUGGAGGAGGCGGCGGACCUGCUGGUGCUGCACCGGGACUUCGCCGCCGCUGUGGAGAGGUGUGAGGCGGGCUGCGACAGCCUGGGCCCCGGCCCCGGCCCCGGCCCCGAGAGUUCUGCAGAAGUGAAAUGCUCCCUUUGUGUUGUGGGGAUUCAGGCGCUGGCUGAGAUGAACCGGUGGAGAGAAGUUCUGUCUUGGGUCCUGCAGUAUUACCAUGUCCCUGAACAUCUGCCUCCAAAAGUUCUGGAGCUGUGUAUCCUGUUGUACAGCAAAGUGAGAGAGCCCCAGGUGAUGCUGGAGGUUGGCAGUAGCUGGCUGAGAGACCAAACCAAUAAGAGCCUCCCUGAGUACGGUUCGUUGCUGGAGCUCUAUCUGUUGCAUGUGUUGCUUCCGCUUGGCCAGUUUGAGGGGGCAGAAGAGCUUGUACGUGGCUGUGAUGUUUUUGACAGCGAGCAGCAGCUAGCAUUUCUCGGGACCAUUUGUGAAAGCCGAUGUCAGUGGACUCAACGGGAAGAGAUGCACUCGGCUGCCGAAGAGCAGCAAGACGCAACAACAGAAACUGUUUUGGGUGCUCUGUCCCAAAAGCUCUUGACCAUGUUGACGUUGCUACGUAGAGCACUGCGGUCCAUGUCUAGCCACUUCUAUUUACUUCCUUACAAAAAGAUGCUCUUGGCUACUUUUCUGCUGUACCUGGUGGUGGUGAGAUUAGACCCAGCUUCUCCCACAUCCCUGCCAUUCAUUUACAAACUGGUCCAGCUCUUCCGACAGGCUUGGGCAGCUGUAUUUUCUCCAAUCCACAGGCCUCCAAGUCAAGGCUAAGUGUCUUCUGUCACAGAAUGUGGUUUUCUCUGCUGCUGUAAAACUGUCAGCUUGUCUUGAGGAUGUUAUCAGGCUCUUCAAGGACUGUUGGAAUCAGUGUCCUAAUUGAGAUGACCACCUGUGAACUCCUGUGUGGUGAUACCUUCAUUUCUUCAGACAGGGAAUGGUGUUGUAUGAAUUUUGAAACCACGCCAAGUAUUCCUGACGUUUUGCUUGGCUCUACAGCACCGUUCUGUCGAACACCAGGAUAAAGCCACUCCUUCAGUAAUCUGCAACUGAAUAAGAAUCCUCCUUUUCAAACACUUUGCUUUGGAUGUAGCUCUUGAGUGAGGGUUGUGUAGCCAGUUAUGAACUAUGGAAGAAGGCUCCAUCCUUGCAAAUGCUGGGCAGUUCCCUGAACAAGUGAAAUAGCAUUCCUGGAGGCAUGACUAUAAAAGGCAACAGAGUACCAGUAGUUAGUGGAAUAUUCUGUUUUGCCUGAAGACAUCUGAAAAGCCUGGUUACUGCAGCAUGGGAUUUAGGACAAGCAUGUGGAAGAAAAACACUGGAGAAAGUGAAGCCUACUGCAUUUUGAAGGCCAUGGUUUCUCUUGUGACUGAUGCCUCCUUAUACAGGCACUCUUGAUUUUAGUCACGUUUAAGCCAGAAAGCCAAGGUGGUGGGCCACAAAGACUAUUGUGCUGCACCUACUCUUCUUAAAUGCAAAUUACAGCACUUUGUGCUUGCCUGAUGCAUAGUAAUUCUUAGGAGCAUGUGGUGGUAGUAAGGAAAUAGAUUUAUUUUUUUAAACUACAUUCUAUAUUAUUGUCUAGUUGAACAACUGAAGUUGUUGCAUUGUUUUACUCUUUCCCUACCUCUUGCUUUGUUUAUGUAGAUGUGAGAAAGUCUCUGUAUGUCUAGAAUUGCCCCCUCUGCCCCCAAUAUCUAAAGUCCUGGGUUACAUGGGAGCCAUUUAGCAAUGCUAUGUCAUUCAGAGCAAAAGUUUAUUAAUAGGUAGAAAGAGAUAUUCUCUGAGAUCCUAAAACCUUCCCCAGAUCCAUGGCAAGAAAAUUAUUGUCUUUGCAGAUCUGUCACCAGACUGACCCCAUUUCCGACCACUUGGGGCAGAAAUUGGAGGUUUGGGGUAGAACAUUCAUUUCUUCUCCAUCCAUCCACCUAUCAUCGAUUGACAAAAGGUAAAUUCCAAAGGAGAGAGCGCUGACCUACUUAAAUAUUGCUUUCACAGGAGCAAACUGUUGUGUGCUGGAGAGGACAAGUUAAAGGCAAGGGGCCUUUGUGGCAAACAAGUAGCCCGCCAUCCCAGCAUCUGUGCCAAAAGGAUUCAGGCUGACUAACGUCAGCCCAAGCUACAGAUGUUGAACAAAGCAGCCUUUCUGGUGGGCAAAUUCUAUCCAACACACCAAACCUGUGAAAAGUAGCCAAUAUAGAUCCCAAUGUGGUGUCUUACAACAGUAGUCCCCUUCAGGUUGUUCCUUUGUCUCCAGCAGUAGCCAUACACUGAGGUGGUGGCUAUUUCUGUUUUUGUCACACGGAUAGCAGCCUGUUGGCACCUUCAAACUGUGUGCAGUCUGUUGCUUUGCUAUCUACCGGGACACUUCGAAAACAGUCUGCAUCUUCACUGCUAAAAAUAGUUCUGUGUCUAUUUCUUCUUAGAUUAUCCCCAUAAAGAAAUACUCCAGUAUUAGUGUCAGAUAAACUGGGGCAGGUCAUUCGUAAAUGCAGUAAUGACCUUGCCUAGUUGUCUCAAGUGUAAAAACCAAAAAAAUACCAUAUCCUUCCCCAAAGUUUUUGUCUCUGCUAGGACUUUACACCAGGAUAAGUAGCACAUAAUGCUUCACCAUAUUAAAAAGUUAUUUCUUACAUACUCUGCGCACAUAGGGAAGAGCUGCUCUUGAUAUUGCUAGAUGGUUCUUGUGAUCCAGCUAUAAGUGUAGUUACAACUCUGCAACCAACAGUUGAUGGGAAACCAAGUAGAAUAAAACACAGAAGUUCUGUCUGGAGUUGAGCUCUUUCAAGAAAUGACUAGGUUGUGUCUACUGGCCUGCUACUUUGCAAGGCGUCACUUUAAGUCCUUUGUAAGCGAGUUAAUGAAAUGGCAAACUUCAGUCUGAAGUCAGGCCAAAUUCUCGCCAAAUUGACUGACAACCAUUUUUUGCUCUACUUUUCUAUUAACAUUUUUAGUUAGAUGGCAGAGAUGCAAUUUUGGAGGUUGGGACCAGUGGUCUAAGCAGGCCAUACCUUAUGUUUAGAAUGCUGUUAAAUGUCAUAGCCACUCAUUUACCAGGACUUUAACAUUCAACUUGAUUUUAAGUGUAGGUUGGUAACCUUUGCUUUUUUUGAGUACUACUGAUUUAGCAUUUGUAUUGUAUUUAAUUCAUCAUGAGAGGUCAAGAAGGCAGAAACAAGCUAUCAGGGUUUUUUUGCAAUUAAUACUAAAACUGCAAUAUUUGAUUUUCACAAUAAAGUGACUACUGAUUUA